GUACAAGCAACACGAGGCAUCGUUCUGGACAGCUGAGGAGAUAGAUUUAGGUCAAGACUUGAGGGAUUGGGAAACUCUUACUAAGAAUGAACAACACUUUAUUAAGAAUAGUGCGGUAAACGUGGAAAGGGAGUUCAUCACCGAUGCCCUUCCUGUUGGGCUUAUCGGGAUGAACGCUGAGCUGAUGGGACGAUAUAUAGAGUUCGUCGCGGAUCGAUUGCUAGUGGCCCUGGGGUAUGCAAAGAUAUAUAAUAGUGCUAAUCCAUUUGAUUGGAUGACGAUGAUUUCGUUACAGGGAAAGACGAACUUUUUCGAGAAGAGAGUUGGAUUUGCAUUUUCUUCGGGGAAAAGUAGAGGCUUAUCGCGGUCCAGUAGGAGAGGCUUUGAUCGCAUCGUUUUGGAGAUUGAUUUUGGAGUCGCCAAUGUGUCUACGCGAAAUUCGGCGAAUUUGUCUAACACGUCAACGAGCAAUUGA